CAAGUUGUGUGCUACACCGUCUAUGAUCUUCAAUAAACGUCAGUCAAUAAGUGUGUGCUGUUAGUCACUUUUGACAACCCCAAUUUUCUGAUUUAUUUUUGUAAAUAAAUUAACACAGCAACAAGAUGCCGGCUGCAAAGCAAGCUGCAGAGCCAGCAGAGCCUGCAAAUGUUCCAAAAACAGAGUUACAGCUAUUACAAUGUAAAGCACAAGAAGCGACCGAUGAAUCGUUGGACAGUACACGUCGUAUGCUUGCAUUAUGUGAAGAGAGUCACGAGGUCGGAAUGAAAACUCUAGUGAUGCUGGAUGAGCAAGGAGAACAACUGGAUAGAAUUGAAGAAGGUAUGGAUCAAAUUAAUGCAGACAUGAAAGAAGCUGAAAAAAAUUUAACUGGAAUGGAAAAAUGUUGUGGAUUAUGUGUAUUACCUUGUCAAAAAGGUGCAUCAUUUAAGGAAGAUGAAGGCACAUGGAAAGGCAAUGAUGAUGGAAAAGUAGUAAAUAAUCAACCACAAAGAGUGAUGGAUGAACGAAAUGGACUUGGACCACAAGGUGGAUAUAUUGGACGAAUCACAAACGAUGCACGUGAAGAUGAAAUGGAAGAGAAUAUGGGACAAGUAAACACAAUGAUUGGUAAUUUACGUAAUAUGGCAUUAGACAUGGGAUCUGAAUUAGAGAAUCAAAACAGACAAAUUGAUCGUAUCAAUCGUAAAGGAGAAUCGAAUGAAACACGAAUAGCUGUUGCUAAUCAACGAGCACAUGAUUUGCUUAAAUAAAUUUUACAUACCCCUACGUAUGUUUACUAUUGUAUUUAUUUGAACAACAACCAACAUUUGCAUAUAGAAAUUAUGUCUUACAUACUAUAUAGGCAAUGUUACUAUAUAUUUUU